AGGAGGCGGAAGGAAGGAAGGUCUCGGUCUCGGCCUCUCUGCCUCUGCCUACCUAUCGGUCGUAAUAACGCCGGGAGUAUCAUCAGCAAACAACCGCCCGGGGAGAGCGCAGCGGCGGCGACACUGACACCCGCACCGGGAGAAAUAAAGCGGCCGACGUACCCGCCCGCAGCCGCCAUGGCCGCCACCGGACCCAUCUCCGUCUCCUAGCAACGGCGCGACCCCUGACCCCUGACCCCCGCCCGGGAGCCACAGGGCAACAACAUCUGGGCGGCCUCCAAACCUCUGCCCUGAUCCAGCAAUUAAUUAACUCAAUUCCCCUCCCCCCCCCCCCCCCCCCCCCAAACUUCUCCAACCGUACAAUUUGGAAAUAUUUAUACCAAAUUCACAUAUGCAUACAUUGCAUUUAACAAUUUUUGCAUAUACUACUGCAACUGUGCAAUUAUAACUAUUAUUGCACAAUUUACCCAUGCAUAAAUUGCAUAUGCCUAUGCAUAUUUUGGGAUCGGCGUUUUAGUUGGUGCUGUCGAUACUACAUUUAGCCGCGUAUAGGUUUUGGGGGAGAUGCAGCCAGUCGCGGGCCCUGCUCCCAGCUGGGAGGCAGCAACAACAGCAGCUGAGAGUGUGGGCAGGAAGGAUUCUGCAGGGAGCCUCGCCACUACUACCAACACUACCACCACCACUACCACUACCACCACCACCUCCUCCGGCACCAGUAGCUCCCCACUGGGUGGCAACAACAGCCCAGUGCCCGAGCCAGAAGCUGCACACACACAGGAGCCAGUGGACAGGCACAGCCCCCCUCAGACCUUGGACCUGCUCAGCCUGGUGGUGGCUUUCAAGAGACUGGAGAUCUUUGCUGAACCGCUGCACGACUUUUGGGAUCUGGUGAAAUAUUUGAUCAGGUGGAAAGCUCCCAUUUUCUCCCUCUUGUGCUGUGUUACACUCAACGUGCUAUUCCUGGCACUUAGUGAAGCUGGCUGGUUCAUCCUCCUCGCAGUGUUCGUCUCCACCCCCGCUGUUCUCGGCUACCUCCAGGACUGCUGUCAGGAGCAGCUCACUGAGCAGGACCUUGCCCGGCACAAAAGUCACAGCGUGUGGAGAGAGGACCUUCAAAAGGUGAAAAUCACCAGGCAGGAAGCUCUGGUGGAAAUCAAAACCUUCUUAAUUCACCUGGACGAGUUGCUGACCAAGACUUGCAGCAGUUGUGAAGCUGCCUACCGGGUCCUGUACUGGGAGGAUCACUCUGUGUCUGUCCUGUUUUAUGGGACCUUGUUGGGAAUACUUUCCAUCUUGUACCUGCUCCCACUCUGCUGGGUCCUGGCUCUGAUGACCAGCGUGCUAUUUCUGGGAAAUGCUGAUUUUUACCAGGUAAUUAUCGAUUGCAAGGGAGCAUUGCUGCAGAAUUACAGGCCGCAGCCACAGGUCGAAGAGGAGGUCGCAGUGUCGGAGUCAGAAGUUGCUGUAAACCAGGAGGUGACUCCAACUGCAAGCACUCCCGAGGAAGUGACCCCGGGGAAUGUGGAGGAGCAGGAACCGGAGCAGGACGAUGACUUCAAAGAUGCGAUAGAGGAGCAUCAGCUACUAGUUACGGAGGAUGACGACACCGUUCAGUGCAGUGGGGACUACGAUCUGAGCUUGCAAGACAACGGCUUCUUCAAAAAUGAGCCGAUCAGGAGUAAAGUCUCCAAGCUAACCGAGAAACUGAGGAAACGCUAUCCCACCAACAACUACGGAAGCUGUUACAACUGCUGCUCCACAUUUUCAGUCCUGAAGAAGCGACGUAACUGCAGCAACUGUGGUAACAGUUAUUGUUCAAGGUGCUGUUCAUUCAAAGUCUCCAAAUCGUCCAUGGGAGCCACAGCUCCAGACGCUCAGCGUGAGACGGUGUUCGUUUGCAGCCAGUGCAAUUUUAUUUUGAGCAAGUAGGAUGAUGCUCCUCUCCCUCCCUCCCUUGCUCUCCUUCUUUCUCCUCUUUUUGUAUGAACAUUUUGCUUUUAUGUUUUAACUGGAAUUCACCGACUGGGCAAACUCGAGACGAGGAAGCUGCGGAAGGCUGUUCCAGGCCUGUGAGUGUUCACGGUAUCUGGGGAAUCAGGGCAGGGGUCCAGGUACAAGAGAAACAUUGAUUCUGGAAUCAGUGCUUGUACGUCAUAUAAUAUAAUGUCACAAAAAAUAAUAUAUAUCCUUAUCUUUAAGCGUUGCCUUCUGCUGUAUAUUUUGUGAGAUUAGACACUUCCUUUUUUUUGUAUAGCGUGCGAUGUAGAACAAUAUUGAACGAGUUGGUAAAACUCUCCAAACCCUUAAACUUCAUUUCUUUGUCAUUCUUUUGAUAUCUGUGCUGUUGGUCUUAUUUUCUUUUCUCAAUAAAAACGACACACUGCAGAAAAUCAUGUGUCGAGCAUUGCAGGAGAUGUUGCUACAUUUGGUGAGGGAAUUAUUUAUAGUAUGGAAAAGAUACUGCUUUCUAACAGGUUAUUUGUUAAUACUGCCAUAAUCAUUAAAUUUCUCCACUUUUUGGUCAAGGCAACGGAAAAAAGAUGCAACGCCUUGUUGUUGUGAUAUUCUGAUGUUUAGGGAUAUGGGUCAGUGCUGAUAUGGCGCUGAGGUGUAAGAUCAGUCAUUACUGUUGGGCUGAAUGGCCGCUUCCUGCUCCUGCUUAGAAUCAAAUAAAUAAGAGAAGAAAGUGUUUAAUUGUCAUAUGUACUGGGAACAGAAUAAUGAAAUUCCUACUUGCUGCUGCUUAACGAACCCAUUAACAAAAUUCACACGCAGAUAAACGUGCAACGUUGAUUAUGAAAAUAUGCAAUCAUCAAUAAUCCAAUAAAUUAAUCCUCUCGGUAACCGUAAUAGAGCAAAGACCAGAAGUCCAUAGUCCGACCAAAGACACAGUCCAAAAAAGAUUACGGUUGCUGAGGUUAGUGUUGUGCAGUGUUCAAGGAUACAAUAUAGAAUAAUACAAUAAUAAUUUAUUAGCCAAGUAUGUUUUGCAGCAUAUGAGGAAUUUCAUUUGCCAAGUCAGUCGCACAAAUAAAAAGCAACAGAACACACAAAAAACAUUUUAACAUAAACAUCCACCACAGUGACUCCUCCACAUUCCUCACUGUGAUGGAAGGCGAAAAAAAAGUUCAAUCUCUUCCCUUCUUUGUCCUCUCGCUGUCGGGGGCCUUGAGCCUUCCGUUGACGGGACGAUCUGGACUCCCGUAGCCGGCAGCAUUCGGGCCCGCAAGCCACCGCACCAAGCGAUCGGACCCCGGGUCAGGGCUUGUCAAACCAUCUGUGUAGUUGGAGCUCCCGACAAUAGUCAAUAGUCAAUAG